CCAAAUUACCGACGACGAAGACGGCAGCAAGAUGAGCUGGCGCGCCCAAAUCUCCCGCAACGUCCAGGAACUGCGCUUCGUGGCCUGCUCGACCUCGGAGAGCAGCAGCGGCCUCCGCUCCUUCUUCCGACGAAACUACAACGAGCUCAAGAUGCUCAACCCGCGCACGCCCUUUGUGUACCGUGAGGCCGAGGAGCUCAAGCCGUUCGUGUACGCUCGCUACGACUGGGGCAAGGAGAAGCAAGUGUUCUUGGACGACAAGACGCCCGAUGAGAUUACGCGCAUCUUGAAGGACCUCGUCGACCACGGCGCGUCGCUGCCGCGCUCGCCCGAAAGCGAUAUCUUAUUGGCGGCGCCCAUCGUCGAUGCUCGCUUUCCGGAACGCGACUACGAGCCCAUCAACAUCACGUGGGACGGCGUCACCGUGCGUCGCAACCCUGACUUUGACGCCACGAACUAAGCGUCGUCGCGCGCCUCGGCAAGCAUAACUCGAUGGAACAUGACUGUUCGGCGUGAAGCCCGUAGAUGCGACGCUCUUGCUGCCGAAGAAGGAGCAA